AUGCCCAACACUCGCAAUUAUCAGUCCGUACGAGAGGGUAAAUUAACGAUAUCCUCCCAAUGGGAUGUUCCACAGAGCAGAGAGGGGGGGAGGGGGGAGAUUAAUACCUCGCGCCGUGUUCCCAACCCACAGGCCAAGCCGAUGCUGGGCCUUUCUGGGCGUGGAUUGGCCACGCUAUGGGGUCAUUCAGUCCUACUUUCUGCUAGACUUCCGGAUCGAAGGGGCACGGAGAGUUGCAAAAUUUGGGGGCCAUCGGCUGGUCCCCUGCAGCUGAACGGGAUUAUUGGCUGUCCGCAAUAG